AAGAACCUCCACCUAAAAUGAAGACAGAGGAGUGGAUCGAGCUCAUAAAGUACUGGUGUGACCCAAAGAAUCAGGAGAAAUCUGCGAAGAAUAAAGUAAACCGAUCCAAGGUGCAGCUUCACCAAAAAACUGGUUCUAGGUCCUACAUAGCCUAUCGAUACAGCCUGAGGCCUAAGUACAACAACAGCGAUCCAGAUGCUGUAGAGUUCUUUGGGGAAUGUAUGAAAAGUUCCAAAAAUGGUCGCACUCCUCUUGCCAAUGAAAUAUAUGAACGGAUGGUGGCAGAGAAGGAUAGAGAGCCAGAAGAAGGAGAAGAAAAAAAACUCCCACCAAGAUUGUUGAUGAAACUCUUAGCGAGAUCAGCCGCUCAUCCACAUUUCUUCCUAACAUUGGUGCCCCUCGACCAUCAAAGAAUGCUCAGUCCUCAUCAACAGCAGCACAAGCACGCAUCCGAGCUGAGUUUGAGGCAACCCUCCAAGCUGAAAGAGAGGAAGCUGCUAGGAAGCGGGAAGAGUUGCAGGCACAACUUCAAGCUCAGCAGGACGCACUUGAAGAAAACCAAAACUUGCUGCGGCAGACCCAAGAGGAAGUGAGGGGGAUGACUAGCAGGUUUGAGGAGACUAAUGCGCUGCUGCGAGCUGUCCUGAGACUUCAGAAAGAUUGAGGUAUGACUGCAGUUUCUGAGGAUGAGGCCUUUGUCUAAGCUUUUGCUACAUUGCUUUAACUUAGUCUGUGCUUCGAACUUUGUGGUUGGAACAUGUGU